AUGGCCACUAAUGUCGACAAAACCAACGUCCAGAACGACGAUCGCGUCCGCCGCUGCACUGCACAGCUUAAUGGAAAAACAUACAGCUAUUUAGAGGGAAUGCCUACAGGCAGCCCAACACAAGGAACUAUAUUCUUAGAAAAAUUGCACUCAUGUGAAAAACUGCUGACUUCUUGCGGAAAGUUUCAUGGCUUCCCGGAUCUGGCCGUGGGAUGGCGAUACCAGAUUCCGAUCCUCCUUCAAUUGAGAUUCCAUGUAAUUGCAAUAGAUUGUCUUGGAUACGGAGAAACGGAUGCCCCGACUACGGUUGAAUCCUACAGCUAUCGAUCUCUAACCGAGGAUGUUAAGGAACUGGCUGCUCAUCUCAAGGUAGAGAGGGUUAUUGCCUGUGGACAUGACUGGGGAGCCAACCUUGCCUACCGCCUCGCCCUCUGGUAUCCUUCGCUCGUUUCGCAUGUAAUCGCCAUUUGUGUUCCCUACUUCCCUUCUCAGGGAAAGUAUAUCCCUCUAGAAGAACUCUCAAAAACCGUCCUACCAAAUUUUGCAUAUCAGCUGCAAUUCAAGAAUGGUAAUUUGGAGAGAGUUUUUCGGUCAAGGGAUGGCAUCCGGCCAUUUCUUGUUGCUAUGUUUGGUGGUCGCGACAACCAGGGAAACCUGGCCUGGGACGCAUAUUCUGGGUUGAUGAUAGAUAAAAUGGCAGGAUUGAAGCCAUCAGGGUUAUUAACGGAUGAGGUUUAUUAA